AUGGCUGAUUGGACACCUGCUGGAUUGAAACUCUUCAAGAAUGGUAAAUAACAUGAACGUGGCAGACUUCAAGAAUUUUUGUAGAAUCGGACGUACCUCAAGAGAUUUUAUAUAAACCACUGCGAAUUUGGAAAGGUUUCGAUCAAGUAAUUUUGUCAAGAACAUUUAUUGAAUCAAUUUUUGAUAAAUUGAACUUGGAGAGAAUUAUGAAAUUGAUUGAUCAAGAUAAGGUAGGUACUAUGUAUUCAACAUGGUUUUAUAAUAUUGAAUUUUUCAUUGAAGUUCUAUGGUGUUGAUGAAAUGUUGGUUCAAACCUUAUAUCGGAAUUAUCUUGGAUUGGAAGGCCAACCAACUUCAAAUUGCAAAAAUACAGUUCCGGAUACAGUUGAAUUAUGGAGAGAUUGGACAAUUGAACAACAUUCACAGGGGAAAUAUUUGAAAUCUUGUAAAUCAAAAUUUGAGAGACAUUGGAUUUGUAUCAUGGGUGUUGAGUAUUUACCAGAUUUUCUCGAAACGAAUUUUGUUAUUGGCAACAAAAUUCUAGAGACUUAUGAUGUUGGACCAGCUGUUUGUUCGAAAGAAAUUUUUCAGCGAAAUAAAAUCAAAAAAGAGGAUAACAAGAAUGGAACUUCAAAACUAUCCGCAAUUUCGAGAAAUGGAAAUGAAACGUGA